AUUUAGGAUAUAGAUAACAUUUUUAAAAGGUAUCAUUUUAAAUAACGAGAAUCAAUCCGUUUUAUUAUACAAUUGCGUACGAAUGUUGAAUAAUAUUUUAACAAUACAACACUACGGCUAUAUAUUUUAUUCACUGUAAAAAUGAAGAAUGAAAAAUCAAAUUUUCAAUUGAAACUUGUAAUUAUACCUAAACCAUUAUAACCUUAACUUGUAUAAAUAAAACAUACAAUAUUAUGUUUUGUCGAUUUACAUUGUUUACUUUUUCAAUAAUUAUAGAAAUUGAGUGUAUCGUUGAUGUGCUUUCAACAGUUGAUCAUUGGCUGUUCGUAUGUAUUUUCAUCUAUACUUUUGGCCCAGUUACGUGAACCCAAAUCGGCAAUUAAAUUGAGCAGCGAUGAAGCUUCGUGGAUCGGUAAAGUCAAUUUUUUUUUUUAUUAUUAUUUUUUUACUCGAUAUAUUUUAACAGUUGUCCGUCAGUUAAUACCUAGGUACUCACUUAAAGUAUAUUCAUUUUGAAAAAAAAAUUAUUUCUUUUCCCUAGUAAGGUAUAAUGUAGACAAGUCAAUAUAUGUAGGCGAUUUGAGAGAAGAAUAUUCUCGGGAUACAACAAAUUGCAUAUUGUUUAGUUGUAAACGGAAAGUUAAAACAAUGAUAACAUAUCCAUUCCAUUAUCUAAUCUUACUCGAAGGUACCUAUUUAUGUUAGGUAUAAUAUGCCGUGACUGUAUAGUAAUUUUACUGGGUACAUAUCGAAUAUCACCAUGAUUUGAAUACUAAAUGCCAUACUGACAGCUGAUAAGAUUGAGAAUGAUAAGAUCAAAUCAUUAAUUGGUUAUCGGGAGAGACUAAAUGGGUAUUGAUCAAUGAUCAUUAUAGUUAAUGUUAAACAUUUUUACAGUGGGAUAUUACAAACUCGAUUUACUCAAUUAAUUAGUAUUAUUAAUUCUGGUACUUUUACGUUAUCUCGAUAACGAAAACAUUUACAAGACUGCCUACUAGCUAUAAUGUUCCGUGUUAUCUCGAUUACAGCAAUUUAUUUAUUUUUUUUUUUUUUUUUUGUGUAUGCCUGUGAUCAAUUUUUCUAUUAGAAACACUGCUGAAAUCAAAAAAAGACAAGAGACAUUCUUUGUUGCGUAUUCAAUCUCGUUCGUGAAUAAGGAUAUGAUAUUUUAAUUUUCCCUGUAGUUUUAUAAUAACUGAACAAAAUCAUAUGAGCAGUCUCGAUCCGGGACGAAUGAUAUAAAAUAAUAAUAAGGAAGUACAGAGAUUCGGCUGAACGGAUUCAAAAACUAGUAAAUAUUUACGACAGAAAUAAUAAUUUUUCCGGUGUAUUUCAAUUUUAAUUUUUGUAUAUUUUCUGUAAUUAUUUGUUCGCUAUUUAUUUUUUUCAAUUAAACGAUUUUCUUUCGCUGUUUUUGUAUUCAAUAUUUUGUGUUUUUGAUUUUUUUGUUUUCGCUACUUUGGAGGUGAACCAUAUAACCGCCACAUCACUUUAAAUCAAAAUAUUCUCGCGGCCGACUUUUGGAUACUGUUUCGUCAAAAUAACAAAACAAAAAGCACAACAGUUCUCUUUUAAACAUACAAACUGUCCGCAACGUGCACACACGCGGAAACGAAUUGUCAUUUAUUGUAAUUUUCUAGCCAGUAUACCAAUACUCGUAUGUCCAAUCGCUUUACCGAUAAUCGGAUUAUUAACGGACAAGUUUGGCAGACGCAAAACAAUUCAGCUUUCCUACGUACCGUUGAUUUUAAGCUGGCUGAUACUCUCAACGGCCGAUUCUUACAGAACCAUUUUAAUCGGAAGAAUGAUUUUGGGAAUCGUUUUGGGUAGGUUACCUGAAUAAUAAUAAAAUUAAUCUCCGAGUACAGGAAUUUUUUUCACCGCCGUGGCCAUGCCAUGGCAAUAGCGUGACUGCACAUUCGGCCCGCAUGUGUUUCGUUUGCAUGUUUACAGGUUCGGGGUCGUGCGUAUACGUGUACAUAGCCGAAAUAUGUCCGGCCGAGCAGAGGCCGUUUUUCAGCGCGAUGGUGAGCGUGUUCAUGGGAUUCGGAAACAUAAUGGAAAGUUCGUUGGCCGUGUUUUUCCACUGGCACACCGUGUCGAUCGUGUUGGCCGCGGCGAGUUCGGUGGGUUGCGCACUGCUGUUUCUCGUGCCGGAACCGCCCGUCUGGCUGAGGAACCGAAACCAGAUUGACGCGGCGGAAAGGUCCGAGCGGUGGUGGUUCGGCGCGGACUCCGGAGAAAAGACGAAGGUCAUCGCCUUCGAAUUGGUCAACACUGUCGUACUGCCGGCGGCGGCGGCGCCGCCGGAAGAGAACCCGGGCGCCGCCGCCGCCGCCGGCGAUGGCCAAUGGUGGUCGGUGUACGCGCGUCCGAUUGUAUGGAAGCCGGCGCUGAUCACAUUAGGAUUUUUCAUCUGUCAACAGUGCAGCGGCUUCUACGUGAUGCUGUUCUAUUCGGUGGACGUGCUCAGGGACUUCAAGGUGCCGUGGGACGGCGUCACCGUGAGCGUAUACCUGUUCGGCACGCGCGUAAUAAGCAGCGUCGUAUACGCGUGCCUGCACCGGGUAAAGCGAAAAACGCUGGCCGUCGCCAGUUGCAUCGGCAUGGCCGCGUCACUGGCCACCAUCAUCGUGUACGCGAAAUCGUUCGACGGCGCCGACCGGCCGCCGUUCGGCACCGUAUUGACACUCGCGUUCGUCGUGUACGUGUUCUCCGGCCAGAUCGGAAUGCUGCCCAUGCCCUGGAUCUUGUGUGGCGAGGUGUUUCCGAUGGCCGUUAAAGGUGCGUACGAGGUUAUGGUGUUGGGUCAGUAACUAGAUGUGCGCGCGUACGGGCACAUUUCCAGGCGCCCGGCUCGAGCAAUGAGACCGCAUACGACCGCAUAUAGAGAAUCGGUUCUCGACCUUUGUGCGCGUAUUAUACAACCCAAUUACCUAAGAUUUUAAACCGAUUUUCCGGCUGCGUACGAAUCGCGUCCCGAAACAAAAAUAAUUAUUUUGUAUAGAUCACACUGUUAUUCAAGUAGUAUGCGUGUCGUUUGUUUAGUACUUAGUUCGUAUUACCAUUGCAUUGUGCUUUUAUAAUAUUCGUAUAGUAUUCGAUCGCGUUCGCGUAAACGUUGACGUAAUUUUAAAUCUUCUUUUAAUUAAUAAAAUUACAUCGGUACUUCGGGUAAAAAACAGUGUUUUAAAAAAUUUCGUAUAGAUCGACACAGAUUUCGUUACCAUAAAACAUUAAAGAAUAAUAUUCAACGUUGGAAUAAUUGCUGUAGAAAAACGUCUGUAUUAAACAAAGUGAUAAGAAGACGUCCUAGGAUGAUAGGGACGUGUGCGGCCACUGUUAUAGGUAAUUAAAAGUAUACCUGAAAGCAACGAUAAACCAUUGCUUACGAAAAAAACGAUUCUGAGCGGAGUUCAGUUGAUAGUGAUGCUUUAUCAACCAUAUAUAUGCCGUAUUAUAGUAAAAUAAUUAAGUAGGCUUUAUAUAUUUUCUUUCAUAAUAUUUGUUUAACGUUGUACCGAUUUCCCCGGUUUUCCUAUGUUUUUUCAGUUUUCACAUUUGCUGAGAAAACUUAGGAGAAAGUCGAAAAACUAGAGUACAAUGUACUCUUGUUGAAAAAACACCUGGAAAAAUCGAAAAAAUUAACACUCUAAAGUACCUCCUCAGUCAAAUUUCCCUUCAGAAAAAGCGCUAUCAAUGUAGCAAAAUUGCUGGUAGAAAAGUUGUUCACAAGAAAAAAGAAGGCCGUAAUAUUUUUUAGCCAAUGCCAACAUUUCUUACACUUUCCUGUUUUUCCUCAGUUUUUUUUUUUUUUUGGUUUUCACAUUUGUCGAAAAAACAAAAUUCCUGGGAAAAUCGAAAAAUGAACUCUCUAAUGUACCACUUCCUUCUGUUAUUUUCAAUACUUCGAAAGUUCUCUGACUGGUCCGUAGUGCCAAAAAAGUUGAGAACCACUGAUAUAAAUGAUUAAUAAAUAAACCUACAUGAAAGCUAAGAGAUGAAUAAAAGUAAAUUUAUAUUUAUACAAUAUAUACACGUUUUUUUUUUCUUUUUUUAUAGGUACUAUGAAUGGUAUUGUACAAACAGGAGGAUUUGUUUUAAUGUUUUCGGUUAUAAAGAUAUAUCCAUUAAUGGUAUCGAUCUUAGGAAUACAAAAUAUUUGGACAAUAUUUACUUUUAUAUGUAUAUUGAGUGCUGUAUUUUGUUUAUUUAUACUACCAGAAACAAAAGGAGUGCCUCUUGAUGUGAUUUUAACAUACUUUGAGCCACACAAAAAGGCUAUCAAAAUAAAUUUACCAUAGUUUUAAAUAGACAAAUAGGAAAUGCAAUAAAAUGUUACUUUGUCAAUUAAUUAUAAUUUUAUGAAUUAAUUUAAAAUCGGAUUGACUCUUUCACUCCGGAACGUGCCUGUUUAAUUUUCAGCGUUUGAAUGCUAAAAUUAAACAUAUAUAUUUCAUGUUUCUAUGGAUACAUCCACAUGAGAUUGCAUGUUUUCAUGCAAUCUCAUUUCAUUGCAAUGUUUUCACAUUGCACUUUUUCUCAAAUUGGAGCGACAAUUCAUUCUUGAAAAAAUAAUAAUUUAUAUUUAAUGCA